UUGCGACGUGUCAGGAAGUUUCUUUCGUCAAACAUGGCGGCGCAGCAGGGUGAUGUUGAUGAACUCUUCGAUGUGAAAAAUGCCUAUUAUAUUGGCAGCUAUCAACAGUGUAUUAACGAGGCUCAGAAGGUGAAGCCGUCAGCACCAGAAAGGGAGACUGAAAGAGACAUGUUCUUGUACAGGGCAUACAUUGCGCAGAGGAAGUAUGCUGUUGUCCUGGAUGAUAUCAAGGGCAACUCUCCACCAGAGCUUCAGGCUGUCAAGAUGCUUGCUGAGUAUCUGUCCAGUGAAAGCAAAAGGGAUGCUAUUGUUGAUGAUCUAGACAAGAAGAUGGCGAAGAGCGUGGAUGCUGCCAACACCACCUUCCUCCUCAUGGCUGCCUCCAUCUACUACCAUGAGAUGAACACGGAUGCUGCUCUUAGGACUCUGCACCAUGGAGAAAGCCUCGAGUGCAUGGCCAUGACCAUUCAGGUGUUGCUGAGUCUGGAUCGUGUUGACCUGGCAAGGAAAGAGCUAAAGAAGAUGCAGGAGCAGGAUGAGGAUGCUACUCUAACCCAGCUGGCCACCGCCUGGGUUAAUAUUGCUGUGGGUGGAGAGAAGCUUCAGGAUGCCUACUACAUAUUCCAGGAGAUGUCGGACAAGUACCUUUCUACACUGUUGCUUCUCAACGGGCAGGCGGCCUGUUACAUGGCUCAGAACAAGUGGGAGGAGGCUGAGGGAGUGCUGCAGGAGGCACUGGACAAGGACAGCAGUCACCCUGAGACGUUGAUCAACCUCAUCGUGCUGACUCAGCACCUGGGCAAAGCUCCUGAGGUAACUAAUCGAUACCUCUCUCAGCUGAAAGAUGCACACAAAGCCCACCCAUUCCUCAAAGACUACUUAGCCAAGGAGAAUGAGUUUGACCGACUAGCGAUGCAGUACGCUCCCAUUGCUACAGCAUAGGCCAGCUGCAUACUGAGACACCUCAGCAAUGGAUUUCACUCCAACACCGUGGAGUUAUCUUUCUAAUUUGCAGAACUGUAUUUGUUUUGAUACUUGACAGGAAAAAAAUAUAUAUGUGAAAAUAAAAAAAUGUCGCUGUAUUAUUUAAACCAAACCAGAAGAUGUUUAGAUGAAACAUGUCCAUCCUUAAUGAAUUUGAACUUUCUUUAUGGAAAUCAACCUAAAUCGGUUUUAAUGUAAACAUUCCUCUGAAAUGAUAAUAAAUGUGUAAUUCCUGUUGA